GCGGCAAUCUGACAGUGAGAGAUGGAGGUCGACAGUGUUAGUGGUUGACGACUCAAGCGCUCGCGCUAGCAGGGGAAGUAGUUUGCGGGCCCUCGAGGAAAUUGUCCAGGCACAUCGCUUCGCUGCUGCAGCCGACGAGAGGGCCUUGUCUGCCACCGGCGUUUCUCUUUGACAGUCGCAACGAAGCGUUGAGAGCCUUGUCUGGAUUGAGUAAAACACCCUGGCACCAGCAGAGAUUCAGCAUUAUUCUACCUGCACUGGAUAGAGGCUGCUAGCUAGUCCGAGCUGAAGCAAGGUUGUUUCAACUAACUUUCGUAGAUUUGUAGGCUGGCUUACAAGAAGUCGUCGCAUGUUUGUGGACUGUAGUAGAAAUAUUCACCUUUAGAAGUGCGUUCGCGUAGCGACCUCCUGCUGGGCACUGCUGCAAGUUCUGGUACUGCACUGGUUGUGCACUGAUUAGCUUACGGACGUUGUAGUGAGAAUAUUUUUAGUGAGUAUUACUAUUACUAGGCAGCGAGACACUGUGCCCUCUGCGCAACGUGACGGUGUGCCAACUCGCGGCGGAUACUGAUUGGCGCUAGGUAGUAGUAGCAGUUGGCGAAGAAGGCACACGUAGAUCUACGUGGUGGUUGGUGAAGAUGUCGACUCUGUUACCAUUCACGCCGCCGAUAGUCAAACGCUUGGUGGGCUAUGUCAGGUCGGACGACGAAAAGGUUUGGGCCGAGAAAGCUAUCAAGUCUCUCGUCAAGAAGCUCAAGAAAAACAAUCAGCUUGGAGAGCUGGAAAAGGCUAUCACGAACGCAGGCAGCAAGCCGACGAAAUGUAUUGUUAUUCCCCGCUCAUUGGACGGCAGAUUACAGAUCUCACACAGAAAAGGAUUGCCGCAUGUGAUCUAUUGUCGGCUGUUUCGCUAUGGUGAUCUACAAAGCCAUCAUGAACUGAAGGCGAUCGAGUCCUGCGAGUACGCAUUCCACCUGAAGAAGGGUGAAGAAGUUUGCGUCAAUCCUUAUCAUUAUGACAAGGUUCCUACACCAGUUCUUCCGCCUAUCCUGGUGCCACAGAUGCAGUCGAACGCGGUGCCGCUGGACAUGAUCCUGCCGGACAUGGAUCAUGCGUUCAUGAACCCGCCGUCAGACGCCACUACACGCUGGAGCCCAACCGGAGGCCUGGCCGAGGACCCGCUCUCCAGCAUGAACAUGAUGCCGGAGACUCCGCCACCGCGAUACACAGCAUCGUAUUCCGAUACGGAGUCCUGCUAUGGCGGAUCAUCUGUUGUCAGCCCAGCCGACUCACCAAUGGGGUAUGACUGGUCACCACAAGGACCCUCAGCAUUGCCGCCUGCGCCCAGUGUAAGUCCUGGCACGUCCAUUGCCCAGGUACCUUAUCCCGAGACCAGCGCCUGGUGUAAAGUCUUCUACUACGAGCUGCAGACACGCGUCGGUGAUCCUUUCCAUGCCACAGAGAACUAUCUUACCAUUGAUGGGUUCACGGACAUGGACAACCCGUCUCGCUUCUGCCUCGGCCUUCUAACUAACCUGCAUCGCAAUGCCACCACCGCACAAACACGCCAGCACAUCGGCAAAGGGGUGCGCCUAUACUAUGUCGGAGGUGAAGUAUUUGCCGAGUGUCUGUCUGAGAGCAGUGUGUUCGUCCAGUCGCCCAAUUGCAAUGUCCGCUAUGGUUGGCACCCGGCGACGGUGUGCAAAAUUCCGCCUGGCUGUCAUCUCAAGAUCUUCAAUAACCAGGAGUUUGCUACGUUACUUGCACGCAAAGUCAAUGAGGGCAUCAAAGAAGUGUACAAGCUGACACACAUGUGCACGAUUCGAUUGAGUUUCGUGAAGGGCUGGGGCGCGGAAUACCGUCGCCAGACCGUCACCAGUACACCGUGCUGGGUGGAGAUACAUCUUGAAGGCGCACUGAAAUGGCUUGACACAGUCCUCACGGAGAUGGGAUCUCUACCACCUGGAAGCUCAACCUCUUGAUCAUUAAAUUUUAGUAUCUGUCCACAUCUCAGUGCCAUAAACUAGCAAGCAUGGGUAUACAACCAUGCCCAGUGUGAGUGGGCCUUUUAUUGUACAAGCAAGUGUGCUCUCCCAAUGAAAAUUGCCUUCUGUUGAUCAAGGCUGUGAUGCCAUUUGUACAUUUCUUAGUGGCUCCAUUGCCUGUGUAGCUUGAUAUCGACUGUGUUUCUCACACACAUGCACGCAAAGAGAGAGAGAGAGAGAGAGAGAGAGAGAGAGAAUGUGUGUGUGAGCGAGAGAGAGAGAGAGAGAGAGAGAGCGAGAGAGAGAGAGAGAGAGAGAGAGAGAGAGAGCGAGAGAGAGAGAGCGAGAGAGAGAGAGAGAGAACGAGAGAGAGAGAACGAGAGAGAGAGAACGAGAGAGAGAGAGAGAGAGAGAGAGAGAGAGAGAGCGAGAGAGCGAGAGAGAGAGAGCGAGAGAGAGAGAGAGCGAGAGAGAGAGCGAGAGAGCGAGAGAGAGAGAGAGAGAGAGAGAGAGAGAGAGAGAGAGAGAGAGAGAGAGAGAGAGAGAGAGAGAGAGAGAGAGAGAGAGAGAGAGAUGAGUUUAGCCCUGUCACUAGGUAGAGAUGCCAUAAUUAAGACCCUCUCUACAAGUUUCUUGUUCUAUUUGUAAAUACUUGCACAGUAUCUUGCCAAGAGUCAAACCGUGCUGUGAUAUAUUUCUGGUUGAGAAUUUCCAAGGUCUAACUGGUUUUGAGUUCAUUUAGGUUUCUAUCUCUGCUCUAGCAUUUUCUACUGCGUAUAGGAUUUAUACUGUAGGCGGACCGCACUGUAGCAUUGCACACUGCCUGGGUUUAGUUAGAACAGCAUAGCACUCUAGAUCCUCAGUUUUUCCCCAGUGUUUUCCUGGCAGUAGAAUGAUUAUGCUGUGAAUAUCUGAUUAAUUGGCUUGAAGAUGUUCCAAUAAAAUGUUUCCAUCCGAA